UGUGCAACAGUUUCACCAGCAGGGAUGAAGAACGUUCCACAGCACUUGUUUCCUUCGUGGGCGGGGCCUGGUGGGGAACGAGGCUGGUCCUGGCCUCUCUGUAUAAAAUGGGAGGCCGGUGAAGGGCUCCAGUCGUGGGGUCUGGACUCUCCGGUCUGGUGCAUGCUGUGCCGCGGAGGCCGAGAGAAGUUCGAGCAGGCUUGCGAGAGGGGCAGGGGGGUUCUGCAGCUGCCGAAAGCCAUGCUCCAACUCCAGCUCCCCCACCUCUUCAACAUCCACCAAGUCCCUAAGGUGUUUUGGGAGGACAGUAUCAUAUCCGGUUACCGUCAUCCUCAAAGCUCCGCCCUGGACUGCAUCCUCAGCAGCUUUCAGAUGACCAAUGAGACGGUGAAUAUCUGGACGCACUUCCUGCCAACAUGGUACUUCCUGUGGCGCUUCUGUGUGCUCUGUACCACGGUGGACUUCCUGUCUGAGAGCUACACGUGGCCGCUGCUGGUGUACAUGCUGCUGAUCUGCCUGUACCCGUUUACAUCCAGCUGUGCUCACACCUUUAGCUCGAUGUCACCCGAAGCCCGACACAUCUGCUACUUCUUUGACUAUGGAGCACUGAGCCUUUACAGCCUGGGUUGUGCGAUCGCAUACGGUUCCUACGUGAUGCCUGAAUGCUGGGUGAACAGUCGGCUCCAUCACCACUUCGUACCCAUCGCCAUCGCUAACACCCUCUUCUGCACCGGCACGUCCUGCUACUCCAGGUUUUUAGAACUGCAGUUCCCACACAGGAGUAAAGUCUUGCGGACCGGAGCGUUCGUUGUUCCCUUCCUCUUCGAUAACAUCCCGCUUUUUUACAGACUCUUAUUGUAUUUUGGAGGAAACAGCACUCACACGGACGCUCUUUCCAAUCACGGCUAUCACCUGCUCUUCGCGUUCCUCACCUGCUUCCUGUUCGCUUCUCACCUGCCCGAGCGACUCGCACCGGGACGCUUUGACUACUUCGGUCACAGUCACCAGUUGUUCCACGUCUGCGCGGUGGUCGGCACACAUUUCCAGAUGGAGGCCGUCCUGACUGAUAUGACGUCACGCCAGGGCUGGCUCACCGCUCACUCGGCCACUCCGUCCUUCAUGGGAACGCUGGGAGCGCUGGCACUCGGUAUCAUUCUCAACCUGGGCAUCAUCUUCCUGUUCAGCUCCAGUCUGCUGCGUGCUCCAAACCUCAGCUCAGACAAAGCAGUCGCUCCACAGCCGAGGACUGCCGCGAAAGACGAUUAAAACUCUCAAGCGCUUCUAAUGAAAUAACUCUAAACAUGGCCCAGGGACUUUUUUUUUUUCCAUAAAAAAGAGAUGCAUCAAAAAUUCAUUUCUGCCUUCUUUUAUAAAAAAUAAAGCGAAAAAAAAACAACAACCCACAAAAAUUUAAAUUUUAAUCAGUUAAGAUUAAUUUCAAUCCAAUUUCAAAUAUAUAUUUUUUUUAAUGAGAUGAACCUAUUUAAGAUUAGAUGCAGUUAUAAAAAAAUAUUCAUUAUGAUCAGAUUCUAAAUAAACAAACUGCUUUGUUGUCGGGAAAAAAAGAAAGAAAAAAACAUGGGGGGAGGGAAAGGGGGGUUCGGCCAAAAAUAUUGGCUGAAAAAAAUUGCACUAAAUUAAAUGCAUAAAAAAGUGGAUGACUUACAAUUUGCUUAAAAAAAGAAAAAAAAAAUCAAAACUAUAACCUAAAGCAGAUUUUAAAAUAUUUACUUUUAUUCUCCCCCUCAAAUCUAUUUUAUUAGUAAAGCACCUUAAACGAAGCAGCUUUCGGGGUUUAACUUCAAAGUGUUUGUUCCUGAUGAUGAAGCCAGCGGUGACAGUGGUGAGGGAGAUUCGCCCUGAGGCUGACAGGAGGAAGAAACCUUUCGAGGAAGCUGACUCUAAAGGGAACUCAUCCUCAUUUGGUCAAUAGCAGACAGCGUAAGAUCGAGUCCCUUCCAUUUUUGCACUAGGAAGUUAUUUAGUGUUGUGAGAUAAAGAGGAAUCAGCCAUGAUUGGUUAGUUUUUAAGAGUAAAAAAAGAAAAAGAAAAAAAAACUUGGCUUUGCAGUAAUUUUCACAUAAACUACCUUAGGUAAUGAAGUAACAACAACAAUGACAGAUUCAGUUGUUAUUUUAAGACACAGGGGUCAGCUGUUCUGGCGCAGUUCUCACAAGAACAGUAUUGUACUGUAUCAAGUGCGUUUGUAAAACCCAUCAAGCUCCAUGAUGAAAUUGUCUCUCAUGAGGACCUUCCCAGGAGAACAAGACCAAAACGUACCUCUGCUGCAAAGUUCAUUCAGAAUCAGAAGUUCAGAGUCACCAGCCUCAGAAACCACCAACCAACAAACCACCAAGGAACGACCGUAGAGUCAGAAGGGGUGUCUAAACUUAUGACUGGCCGUUUUGUCUGGUUUAGCAUUUUGGAUUUGAAUGAGGUUUGGAUUGUGCCAAUGUUUAUUCUAAAUUAAAUCCAAAACAGUAGAAAAAAAAACUUUUCUCAUAGAUGUAUAUUGCAAAUCAACAGUUUCUUAAAAAUAUAUUUGAUUUUUCCAUAAGACAUUUAUGUUUGUUUUAUGGCAGUAUAUUUGUUUGUUUUAGGAUGCCAAAAAAGAAAAGUUUUUUAUUUGUUUAAAAGAUGAAAAGGACUAAAUAAAUGUAAACAUAAUUUACAUUCUAUACCAUUUUAACAUCAACAUCAAGCACUUGUCCUAUUUAAAGAUGACAAAAAACUUCUCAGAGAAGUGUUUUUAAUACUUUAUAAAUAUUUUUUACAUGCUAGUUUAUCCUUACACUGCCCUGCACUUUAAAAAAAAAAAUCUCAGCCUUAUUUAAAAGCCUUAUUAAAAAGAAAGAGAUAAAAUAAUUUAUGAAUUGUUUUUGAAAAAAAUAAUGUAGUGAAUUCCUAAAAAGAGUUAACCUUGAAAAGUUUUUUUGGUGCAUCUCUAUUUUAAACAAUAUCCAAACAAUCUAGCACUUCUGCAGUCCACUCAUUUGUAUUUUAUUUGUUUUAUAAUUAUUUUCAUCCUUUAUAAUCCUUACAGUAUUUCAGCUGAUGGCCCUGACAUCACAAAACAAAAUGCCCAGUGUUUACACCAAGAGUCUGGAUUUAACACUUUCACAGUAGAUUUGGGACCAUUUGGUCGUCUACAGUAUAAACACUCAGGCUGGUAAUUCAACACUGGGAAUUUUGCUGUGAUUAUCUUUCUUUACCUUUUUCUGUGGUACAAAACAAUUUAGCUUUUCUUUUUUUUAUUUUUAUUUUUUAUUUAAAAAAAGUCACUUCGGAAAGGUCGGGGCUUAAAUGAAGCGAAUACUGAUCUUCUUUUAUGUUGCAUUUAUGUUGCAUUAAGUGCCUUCUAAGGAUUUUUAUAUACAAGAUAAUAUGAUGUCACUAAUUUAUGCGAAUGUUACUUGUAACAGAAACCAACUGGAAAAAUUUACUGCAGAAUCCGUCAGGGAUUUCUUUGUCGAUUUGUGGCCGCGAGCGAUUGUUGCCGUUCCUUUUUUCUCAAUGUUUUUUUUUUACAGUUGUGACAUUCUGUAAAUAUAUAUAUAUUUUUUUUGCAGAUUAUAUAAUCAAAUAAGCUAAUUACAGUGGAAUCAUUUCAUGCUAAUAACAAUUUAAAAAAAAUUGCUAACUCGCUAGCGCACUUUUACUCUAACACGACAUGGAAGUCCUUCUAGUAAAUUCUGUUCAUCUCAUCGGCGCUCCAGGUCUUAUCUACUUGAAGAAACCAAAAAUGCAUCAGAUGACAUUUCAGAUGCAGAUCUUGCGCAGCCGCUACAAUCUGACGAAAUGACGUGAACGUACGACUUAUUUUAUAAAACAUAAAAAUAAAUAAAUAAGAAAACAGGCAUGCACGUUCCUCUGUAUCUAAAAUGUUUACGCAAUUUAAGCUAACCUCUUAGCCAACAAUUGGUUGAUUUGAUGUUUUUACUUAAAGGGCGGGGCUUCCACAUUUCAGCUGCCAUUUUGAUUAAACCUUCUCUUUACUAAUUGUACUUAAACGUGGUGCUCGUAAAGCUACGUAAAUCCUUUCUGGCAGACGUCACAGACUACAGAACAUUAAGAACAUUCGACAUUAACCCUUAAACAAUUAUAAGUUCUUAUUACAACAGACGUCGGGUAAUUACAGGCUUGCAACAGUCAAUAUAAAAUGGCUUAUGAAAUGUAUUUACAUUCUUUGGUAACGUUAUCGAUAAAGACUAUAGUUACAUAUAGUAAACUGUGACCAUGUUUAUAACAUGUUAUAAUGCAUUCCGAAAGUAUUAGACGGCUUGGUAUAAUUAUUUAUGAAACUUUACUCUGCAUUAUAAACCAUUAACUAUAAAGUAGUGUUUAUAACAUGUUAUAUUCAACACCGGCCCCCAAGCCCCAGUGAUGCUAUAAUGCUUUAUAAUGCAUGGACAAUGCUACAAACUGUAUUGCCUUCACAUAAAUAACUAUAACAAUAAUCAUAAGGCUUUAUGAAUGCAUUAUAACGUAUUGUAUGUAAGUCAUAAUACGCGAUGUGUAAGUGUCACAGCUUUGUUAAAACGUUUCGUAGCAGUUUUAAUAAACGAAUAGUGAAACAGACACAUAAGUUAUUAAGAUGUAAUAAUGCUACAUAGGCGUUCGUGGGACAAAUUUCUAAAAAAAAAAAUUAUAAAUAAAUAAAACAACAAUCCAGUCGAUGUGGAUUUGACAAAAUCUGGGGGGGAUUUCUAUUUUAGUGUUUAUAGAUGUUUAUGUAGGAUUAUGUCAGUCAUAAAGGGCGUAUGUCAGUGUUAUGUAGCGCUAUGAGUCAGAAACAGAAAGUGCAAAGUGUUUGGAUAGAAUGGACCAAUAUUAUGUUUGAAAAUGGUUGUUUUUUUCUCAUAUCAUCCACCUCAGAAGAAAACAACAAUCUUUUUUUGUUUUUCCCCGUGUCUGUGUCAGUGCGUUAUAAAUACGAAUGUUUAAGCGGUGAAACGUAAACCUCAGAGAGCGAGCAGCCGUGUCAUGAUCCAGUUUGCUGCACCACGUUUCUUUUUAUGAUUUUUUUUUUUUAUUAUUGUUGUAGGAUUUUUUUGUUUACAGUUUUUUGCAAUACAAGCUCAGAACAGAACUUCAGGUUUAGACCUGAUCUAUCUUUUGGGGAACAACCACAGUUUAUGUGCUGCUGUGACGGUGCUAAUAACCUAAUGAAGCACACACGUUUUUCUUUCGUUUGUUUUUUUUCGACACUGAUGAUUGUUCAGUCCUGAAGCAUCUUGUUAAAGCUCCUCUUGUUGUUUGCGUGGCAAACAUUUCAGGGCAUCAUGGCGACGGAAUUUCCACUUCAUAUGCAUAAAUAUAGGAAAUUAAACGCCGCAGACUUUUGCGUGAUGGCGGCUCGGACCUGCAUCCUGAAGCCCAGCGGUGUUUAACGGCGGUGACCUGGCAGCGUCGAGUCGAAAUCUCCUGAAACUCAAAUGUGACCUGAAGGAUUAAAAGCACUCAGAGCACUCUAACAGUUCAUUUUAUUUGCUUGAUGUUCAUUAAGGCUCGUCUGACGAGCUGCAGGUUUCAGUAGGAGACUGGAAGGGGUUUCUGGGAAAGCGAUAGUAAGUGCGGAGGUGGUUAAGUGCGGCGUGUUUUCUAUCCAGGACAGAAAACGUGUGCGGUGAUUUUUGUGUUUAAAUGUGUUUUAGUAUUUCUUUGAAAGAAAUCAGUCGAUAGUGUUAAAAUAAUCACUUGUACAAAAUCUUUAUUGGAUUUCUUUCUUCCCUGAUCGAACGACGCAUUCCAAAUUAUUUUUUUUUAAUAAGAUAAGAAAUAUUUGUAUAUGUUUAUAAUGCCUUAAUUUCUGUUUUUUUUCAUUGAUUUAUAGUUUAAUAUUAAUUCUGUUCAUAUUUCUUUUUUUCUUUUAUUUUGUAUUUCUUUUAUCAUCUUACAAAAAGCAAUUAACUGAAAUAAUAAUAAAAAAAAAAAAAUCAUAAUUUUUUGCAAAAAAACAACAACCCUCAUGUAAACAAGCACAUAUUCAGGGUUUGUUUAUUUUUUGUUUGUUUUUAUUUUUGUUUUUGUUUUUGCAGCGAUCAGUAAAUUAGUGAUUUUUAAAUGCUUUGUGCCAUUUCACCCAAAAUUUAGAUUUUUGUACAUCUGAUUAUUUUAAAAGUAAAUUUAAAUGCAUCAACACGCACAGGAUUUAUGAAAGUUUUUGAUAACUGCUGAGGGUUGGUGUGUGUGUGUGUGUUGGGGGGGGGGGGGGAGCCGUGUCGCAGGUCGUUGGGGUUGAUGUUGGGAACCUUUAUGUGUGUGUGUGUGUGUGUGUGUGUGUGUGUGUAAGAUGAAAUGCCUUCGAUCUGUUACACAAGACCAACGUUUGGAAAAAGAAAUGUUAAUGUUUGUUUGAUAAAGAAAUGGACUCUUCUGUACAGGGCACAUGUUUAGUUGGAGAAGAAGAAAAAACGCAGGUUUAAUUUCCAAAAUGUGUUUUGUUUUGUUUUUAGAUCAUUUCUAACUCUUUAAAAAUAUAUUAUUACUAGUGAAUAAGUUGCUGAUUGACGCAGAAUAACCCUGUUACAAUAACACAGCACUUUGUAACUAUAAUCACUGAUUAAUUACCUGUUUUAUACAGUCGCCAAUAAAGUAUUUUUACAACCUG